GGUCCAGGAGAAUCAGUAGCUGACGGGAUUUUCUGGGAAGGUCGAUUUUCCCUAUCGUCUAAUUAGGCGUUCUCUUUCUUGUUAGUGCAUUUAAUGACGACGUUUCCAAAUAGUUAAUCUAGAGAGAGAAAAUUCGGUUGUCUGUACUCGCUCUCUAUUGAGUUUUGUGCGCAGAGAUAAGCGAUAGGAGCUCCCGUCUCCAAGGAAUUGGAGGCACACGUCUCUCGUCCAUGUCCCUGCUGUCAAUGUAAAUCGCCCCAUUUCACUUUAACUUCCUCUGCCUUCUUUCUAUUUAUAGUUUGUUUUUAUGGUUCUCAAUCUGAAUUUUUGAUUCUCCUUGAAAGCUAUCCAUCUUUUGAACCCAUCCAUCUCUUUCUAGGUCUUGGAAUCAUUCCUUGCAUUUCCAAUCUCUCUAAAAUCUCGAAGUUGCUUCUCCCAUUGUGAUUUUGAAUCUCCCAUUGUAAUUUCUUUGAAACCCUCUACUACAUAUUUGUCUCUGUUCCUCCGUUUGUCUCUGUCAACUUUAAGCAAUUUUCACAAUAAAAAAAAAACAAAAGUCCGCAGUAACCCAUGAAUCACUUUUCUCUUCUCUCUCUCCUAGGAAUUGCAGAGUUCUAGUUUUUAGUUCGUUGUUUCGUAACCAAAUCAAAACCCAAAAAGUGCAGUUAGUUUUGUUUCAUUCUCUAGGGAUUGCAGUUUUCUGUUUUGAGUUCUAUCCAAAUCCAGUCGGUUUUUUUAAUAAGAAAAUCAAAACCCAAAAAUUUGCAGUUGCUUUUUUUUUGUUUGUGAAAUUCUCUUCUUUUUUGUAUUCCAAUUUUCCCAGAACGAUGAUGGCUCUUGGGUCUUCUUGUUGUGGGCAUGGCUCCUCAUCCACCCUCUCUCCACUCGCUCAACCAUUUACAGUUGAUCACUAUUGCAUAAAAAAACCCACUGAAUCUCCUGCUCAAAUUGCUGAUCAAUCCCCUUCCGAUCCCUACAAUUCCUCUUCAAGGCCCUACAAUCCCUCUCUGAGGAAUUGGCUUCAUUUGGGGCCUAUUCCUGAUGGACUUUUUCACUCCUCCAUGGAUUUAGAAACUGGUAUUACUGGCAUGUCAUCUAGCCACGCAGUUGGUUUUGGGUACUUUGACAAAGACCUGAACUCCUCUUAUAGUCGAAAUUUCUCGUAUUCGGAGGAGCCUGAACCAUUAUCAAGCAACCCAAUUGAGGCUGAAACUUAUUUUCCCCAAUACCCUUUAGAGGUGCCUGAUGCAUGUUCAAGUUUGUUUGCUUCGAGUGGGUCUUCUCGAGCCAAUUUAGUUGGCAGUUCGGGAUAUGAAUCAGCUCCUGUUACUGUGAAUUCAGAGAGGUAUUCAAUGAAUAAUUUUGAUUGUUUUGGUAACCCCCCUGGUUAUGUGUUGGAAACCAAGUGGAAGAGCCCUUGGAUUGAGCCUCUUGAUGGGCAGCAAGGUCAAGGGAAGGGGCAUGAGCAGCUCACAGGCGAGUGGUUUACCAAGUGGCCUCUUUCAUCGGUUAAUGGAGCAUGUUCACAAGAUCUGUGGAAGCAUCAACCAGGUGGUCUCACUGCACAUGAAAAACCUCACGGCAUCUGGCAAGGAAAGCAGAAUGAAUAUUGUGGCAGCCAAGUCCCUUCUAAAGCCCUUGAUGCAACAUUUUCAGACCCUAGUUUAUCGACCAAAGUUUCAGAUGAGAAUGCCCAGGCAACUUCUUCUGCAAUGCCAAGAGCAUCAUCGGUUUCAGCAGCCGUUUCAGCACUUGAAGAUACAUCAAACCCUAAAUUCGCAGAUCUCAUGUCAUUUGGACCAACUUGGAAUCCCUUGAACAGAAACCCCUCUACUUUUGAUAGUUACAUCUCUGAUAUGGAAUCAUGUCCAACUACUAACCCGACUAUCUUUUACCCAUCUAUGACUUCUUUGUCACCAUCUCAAACAUUCAGACCUCAAGGAAGUGCCAUUGGCAAUUCCACAGGUGACAUUUCUAUAGAUGCACAGGAUGGCAGCAACCAACUUGAUGCAAAAGAAGAAGAUCACACCACAACUAAUGGAGUUCCUGAGGAAAGAACUGACACUCAACAAAGGUUGUCCAAUUUUUAUGCAAAGCAUGCUAUUCCAUAUGCUUUAAAUUUUUGUACUGGUGUUUUCGGGACCAGCAAUGCCAUUCCAAGUUCACUUGGAACAAUUAAUCAGCCAAUUUCCCCCAUCGAUUCAGCCAGUUGGAAGCCUGCCCCUGAUUUUCAAUACCCUACAUAUGGACCUGCUCAAAAUGGCAAUCCUCAAACUCUUGUUGAUGAAUCUGUGCAGUUUAUGGGCUUGAAACAGUGCCAACAAGCUAUUGCAGUCAGUGACGAUGAGGAAAUAUUUUUUUCCCCAAAACUGCCAGCUUACCAUCCUUCCCCAUCUCCCUCAAGCCAGCCUUCAGUUACAAUGACUUCUCUCCAUGAAACUGAGAACAAUUUUGGAUGCACCAAUGAAACGAUAUCGACCAUCUGUGAACGUGGCUCACCCAUAUUGGCUAAGGCUGGCCGUCAUAUUGAUCCACGUAGUGAGUCGCCUUCAGUUCCAAAAGACAAUAAGGAGCCGAUUAUUUUUGAGGCUGGGAUGACUGAAAAUGAGGAGACUAAUGGGCAUACUUCUGAUGGGUUGCCUGAUUUUUUCCAACCAAAUGAAAGUGUCCAAGACCUGCCUUCGAAUGGGGUUGGAUGUUCCAAUGCUGAGACUUGUGAAGCAUUAAAUGGUUCAUUACAUGUAUCGAAUGGAUCUUUGGUUCCUAGGGUUGAUUCCCAUUUACUUGUUAAUAUGAUGCAUAACCUGUCGGAUUUACUUCAUUCUAGUUGUUGCCUGAAUACAGAUGCCUUGAAGGAAAGUGACUUUGAUGUUCUCAGUCUCAUCUUAAGAAAUCUGCAUCAGUGCAUCCUUAAGAAAAGGGGAUUGUCAGGGGAUCUUCAGAGGUCAUAUUGUUUUGGCGGGUCACAUCACGUACAAAAUUCAGCUGAUAUGGACAAGGGACAUGCAGAAGAAAAAUCUCCUAUUGCAGGAAUAGAGGUUAAGGAUGCUCCGAGUCAGUGCAACAAUGAGGGUCACGAUACUGUGGAAGGAUCAAUGCCUCCUGGGUCACCCAGGAAACCUGAUGAUUCCCAUAAAUUUGUUGCCACAAGUAAUAAUAUGGCCUUCAAGAAAGACAAUGAUAUAACCCAGGACAUGGAAAAGACUUUGAAGAAGAGCUUUGAUGAGGAGGGAUCUCAGGACCUUGAAACACUUCUGUACAAGAACCUUUGGAUUGAGAGCGAGGCUGCACUCUGUACAAUGAAAUAUGAGCUGAAAUCCGUUCAGAUGAAGUUGGAGAUGGAGAGAAGCAAGCAACUUGUGGAAAAAGUUGGCACCAUGAUGGAAUCUGUAAACUUAGAAGAAACUAUCACAAACUCAGAAGUGAAAAGUGCGAAAGCAACAUGCAACACUAGCAUCGAAGAUGUUCAGCCAACCUCAGAAGAAGCUAAAGAAACCUCAACCAAUCAUAAAACUAAACCAGAUGAAAAACCAGAUGAAAAAGUUGAGGCUCAAUCAGAAGACAUAACUGCUGUUAUGGCAAGAUUUAUGGUCCUCAAAAACCGGAAAGAUCCCUCAGUUUCUCCACCACAAGAAUGUGAACCAAGGUUUUCUCUAAGAUCUAGGUCUUAUUCUAACUUGGAUUUUCUAACCAAGCUACAUAGUUCACGUACAGAAGAGGAAGAAGCAGCCAUGUCUAUCAUUCCCUCUUUCUCUGAUGGGAAAACUGAAACAGGCAGAACUCAGUCAGCAUAUAUAGAGGGGAAGGAAAGGCUCUUUGCCCAAUGGGAAGUUGAGACAGGCGGGACUCGACCUGUACUUAGAGAGAGACAAUGUGAUAGUGGUAAUAGAUCAGGACGGCCGGCAAUUUUAAGAGACGUGCGCGUUUGUGGUGCACCUCCAGUUCCAGCUUAUCAGACUUUGGGUUUCCAGCGAUAUUUUGAGAAUCCACCAGGUCAGAGGAGCCCCUUCCCGGAGAGCCCUUAUGAUUGGGAGCAUGUUCUUUGGGAUGAAUUGGUGUAGUGGAGGAUGAUCCCUGACCCUGAACUGAAUAUUUGAAACUUGGCUUUUUUGGAUGGGUUUGCUUUUUUUUUGUUUUUAGGAAUGUUUUUCAAGCCAGAUUUGGUGAUUCGGGUUUCGAGGAGAACAGACAGUGUAAUGGAGGGAAGCAUUUUGUAUACUUUGGACAUGCCUGCCGUCACAUCAUACGAAGUUUACAAAUAUCGUUUUGUGGGACUAGACUUCAGUUGGGUUUGCAGGAUGUUUUGACUGUUAAAAUUGUUGUUCUUUGGUCACCGCUGUUUACACUUUGGACAUGCGUGUCCAUUAUAUGAACUAUCUUUUUAGACUUCCAGCUUGUUUUGGAGCAGUUUGGACUCGUGAAAUUGAUGGUCUUCUUUGAUGAAGUGAAACUGAAAACAGUACCUAUAGAUGUGAUUAUGUUUUAA